AUGAACGCACACCGUCUGCCGUCUAGAACCACGCUGCUCGUAUUGUGUGUUUUCCUCUACAUCUGCAUAAGCUGCAUCGAGUGUUCAACCCCGCCGCGGAUAAAGCCGUUCUCGUUUCCAAAAGUAGCCAGCAAGGGCGAGAAAAUCAGCAUCAUCUGCUUAGUCAGUGAAGGAACGCCUCCGUUUUCUUUCUCAUGGUCGAAAGAAGGCAAGGAACUGCAGACAUCAGAAAACGUAAAAGUGAAAGCGGAGCCUGAGUACUCCGUGGCUUUCAUCAACUCCGUUGACGAGAGAAGUGCCGGAAACUACACGUGCGUCGUCAAGAACAUAUUCGGCUUCGACAGCUACUCCGCCUACCUAGACGUAGAAGCGCCACCCGUGCUGAAGAAAACAAUGUCCGACACGAACGUUGUCCAAGGCGGCAGCGUCACCCUGACCUGUCAUGCCGCAGGUUCGCCCAAACCCAAUGUGAAUUGGUCAAGACCAUCAGGUAUGACUCCACACCAUCCAUGAUACCCACAAAAGACAUUUUUACGUGCACGAGUAUAAUGAGGUUGAAAAGAAAAAUACCUUUGCCUGAUUGGAACACGGAAAUGCAGGAACUGCGGGCGAGGUGGCCGUUUCUACU